GGGGUGCAAGUUAUAAUUAAGGCCAGGACAAAUUCUCCGGAAACAAAGAAGAAAAAGGAUAUUCUUCUGAACCCCAAUAGAUACCCAAAUAUGGCACUGUAAAGAGGUUUAUCCAGAACCCGCAUGGUUAAUAAUAUCCAUUUCACCCUUCACUUCACUCUACACUAACUGCUUCAGUUUUGCACUCUCUCCAGGAACCUUUGAUCCAGAUGGCUCAAUUGCUAUCAUCUUCUUCUUCCUUGAGUUUCUCCGCUAUAAAUAAACCGAAUUUAAAACCUUUUAACCAAUGCUCAGCAUCAUUUUCUAACAGAGUUGGUUGUAAUUAUUCUUCCAGAACUCGAUUUAGGCGUCUUUUCUUGCGAGAACAGAAGCCAAGUAAACGUUUCGCAGUUGUAAAUGCUGCGACCGUUUCAACCGGGCAGGAAACUCCGGUUCAAACUAAUUCCGGUGAGCCUUUUAAACCGAAGAGAGUCAUGGUCAUUGGUGGAGAUGGAUACUGUGGUUGGGCAACUGCCCUCCAUCUUUCUAACAAAGGUUACGAUGUUGCCAUUGUUGAUAACCUUGUUCGACGCCUUUUCGAUCACCAGCUUGGUUUGGAUUCUUUGACGCCGAUUUCCUCCAUUCAGGAUCGUCUUCAGUGUUGGAAAUCGCUCACCGGGAAAAGUAUUGAGCUAUAUGUUGGUGAUAUAUGUGAGUUUGAGUUCUUAUCUGAAACGUUCAGGUCUUAUGAGCCUGAUGCUGUUGUUCAUUUCGGGGAACAGCGAUCUGCUCCUUACUCUAUGAUAGAUCGGUCGAGAGCUGUGUAUACUCAGCAAAACAAUGUUGUCGGGACACUGAACGUGCUCUUCGCUAUAAAAGAGUAUAAAGAGGAUUGUCAUCUAGUUAAGCUUGGGACAAUGGGUGAAUACGGGACUCCGAAUAUUGAUAUUGAGGAAGGUUAUAUUACCAUUACUCACAAUGGAAGAACAGACACUUUGCCGUAUCCGAAACAAGCUAGCUCGUUCUAUCAUUUAAGCAAGGUGCAUGAUUCACAUAACAUAGCUUUCACUUGUAAAGCUUGGGGGAUUCGGGCGACGGAUCUGAAUCAAGGAGUAGUAUAUGGAGUAAAAACAGACGAGACUGCAAUGCAUGAAGAGCUGUGUAAUAGGUUUGAUUACGAUGCAAUAUUUGGAACUGCGUUGAAUCGGUUUUGUGUUCAGGCUGCUGUUGGUCAUCCACUCACUGUAUAUGGUAAAGGAGGCCAGACUAGGGCUUUCCUUGACAUAAGAGAUACAGUCCAAUGUGUUGAGCUUGCGAUUGCGAACCCGGCCAACCCUGGAGAAUUUCGAGUCUUCAAUCAAUUUACGGAACAAUUUAAAGUGAGUGAACUAGCCAGCAUUGUUACAAAAGCUGGCGAGAAGCUAGGUCUUGAUGUGAAAACCAUAUCAGUUCCUAACCCAAGAGUGGAGUUAGAAGAGCAUUAUUACAAUUGCAAAAACACUAAACUAGUUGAUCUUGGACUAAGACCACACUUUCUUUCGGAUUCCCUCAUCGAUUCACUUCUCAACUUUGCGGUUCAGUAUAAAGACCGCGUUGACACGAAACAAAUUAUGCCUGGUGUUUCUUGGAGAAAGGUUGGGGUCAAAACAAAAACUAUUUAAGCUUAUGAAGGUGUGUUUUUGGCUGGUGUCGUAAUCUUAUUCUGCAUAAUUUGGACUCUUCUGGUGAUUAGAUUGUGCUGAAUUGCAUUAAAUGUUUCAAAUUGGCUUUUGUAUACCACUAAUCUAGCAUUAUCCAUAUGUAGAAUAGAUCCUUGGAGUUUGAAAGUGCUUUUCCUAGAAAGUCAUGUGUUGUGUACCUAGGGACUGUUCUUGUGUUCACUGUUACCAUUUGGGCUACAAUAACUGUGCAGUGAUGCUAUUUAUUUUGUUGUUUAUAUGUAUUAUAAAAAUAGGAUAAUGCUUUAUAUAUUAUGUUAUAUUUGUUUAGGUA